AUGUUUCCACUCAAGGCUUUCAUCAAUAUUGUAAUAACGGUGGUGGUGAUGAUGACGGUAAUGAUGACUGCAUCAUCUUUAUCAUCGUCUUGCUCAUCGUGCCCAGCUAAGCAUCUUCAACAGCAAUACUGUGAUGCAGAGAUUGUAUUACGAGGACGAGUCAAAGAUGAUAUGACUGUCAAAGUGGUUAGUCUCUUCAAGUCACCGAGUUCUUUCAUCGCUACCAAGCGAGGGGGUCUUACUGUAGCCUUCGACAGACCGAGCUGUAGAGAGUCUCAUCUUAAACCAGGGGUUAUUUACCUCAUCACGGGUAAGUAA